AUGACAACAGGUCAAAGCAAUGGGUACAAGCGCAAGGGAAAGUCUUGCGACGGUGACGAUGAUAGCGAAGUGAAGACGUUACUGCCCCUUCAUGCCGGUAUCGAUUCAGAGCGCCCAGAGCAGGGCAAAUCCAGAGAGCCUUCGGCUCUUUGGAAUAAUGCCAAGCUGCAGAUUGGAUUGUCUCUCUUUUGCUUGCUGGUGCUACCCUGCUUUAUUUACGGACAUAUCCCUGGUGGAUUCUCACCGUUGGGUUUCUACCAUGCGAUGAUUAAUUUUUGGGAUUCUUUCCUUCACGUGUCAAUCUACUUGGUGGCUAGCGUCACUUUCCUUACGGCGUGUUUGUACCUGUAUAUUGCCAAUUCAUCGGGCCCCACGACUCUCAAAAAGGACAAGAAAGAGCUGGACUCUUCAUCUCUCCGAGGAAAGGUUUGGCAUGUCAUUGGCACACACAAUCGAUUUGCUGUAUUAGUCAUUGCUUUGUUUGUGUACCUGUCGAGCGUUACCAGCAUUCAGACAUUGGUGAACCCAGGCUGGAUCUGGAUGCCAUUUCUGUUGAUCAACUACCAAGUGGUCUGGCCAUCAGAGUUGCACGAUGCGUUGAAAGAUAUUUGCCUCCAUAAACAAACUGGAGACCUCAGUAAGGAUCCUCUCUGCUUGUCGGAAAAGAAAUGGAAACUUCUCAGUGCCAGCGCAUUAUCCAGCAAAAAUAAAGAAGAUGUCGAAGCGGUCAUGGCUGGAAUUGAAUUUGCUCAAAAAGACACCAGCGGACUCAUUGUCAAUGUCCUUGCCAGAGACGUUGCCGAUCAUAUCGAACAGCUUCAGCAGAACGUUCAGGCUCUGAGUUUCUUCUUCCCAAAGCUUUCCGUGGUGAUUUUUGAGAAUGACAGUACAGACGGUUCUCGAGAGGCAUUCAAAGCAUGGGCCGCUGCACCCAACAAGGGAUAUGAAGUUGACCUCAUGUCCUGCCCGGAAGCCGAGGAUUGCAAAUUGAAAAGAGAACAUCGUUAUGACGGAAAAAAGGACGAAGACUUCUUCACCGCUCCAUCCAUUGGUCUCAUGCACAAAUUCCGACAAAGAAUGGUAGACUACAUUAUCGACAAACCAGAAUACAACAAUUUCAGUCACAUGAUGCAGAUUGAUCUGGAUAUUGGUGUGUCAUUGUCGCCCCUUGGCGUGUUGCAUUCUAUUGGCAAAGCUAAAGACUCGGCUGCAGUUGCCAGUUCCUGUCGUCAACCAUGGGCUGGUGGGCUCGGGACGUUGGUCCCUCCCUACGAUUUCAAUGCCUUUCAGCCUCUUCGAACCAAAGAGAAUGAACGACUCUUUCAAAUCCACGAGAAAUUCUGUGGACUCAUGCCACCCAAUGACAAGUGGGCGUUCAACUGUGUGGGGCCUAGCGCUGUCCACUUUCUCCAAAUCAUUCAGUUGGACAGAGCCAAUGAUGACCUCUAUCCAGUGGCAUCCGCUUACAACGGUGCGACUCUGUAUCCUCUUCAACUCAUUCGAAAAAAUCACCCAAAAUAUGAUUCUGGGGAGUAUGGACACAGAUGCGAGCAUGUUGGCUUCAACCUUUCGAUUGAUAAGCAAAUUUACGUGAACCCCAAGUGGGACUGCCACAUGAGUCCUACUCUGCCAGGAGGACCAAAGGGAGAACGUGCCAUGAAGUCCGUCAAACGAUUUGCUUCCUUGCCCCGUGUUUCAAUACCUCUUUUCCUGCAGACGUUUGUGCCCUUGGUCCUCUGCACAUUUUCAGUCAUGACACUCAGCUUUCAUGCUUUACGGCCUCUCUUCGAAAAACCAAGGUAG